AGAGUGUUCAUCAGUACAGCAGGGAGCAUGAGGGCGGGAGGUCGUGGAGUGUCCUCUUGUGCGCUAUGGGUGUUGGCGUCUGCGGCUGGGACCAUCUUGGCAUCAUGGGCAACAGCAACGAUACACCCCCACCAGGAACUCCAUGACGUACUGAUUCACUUGGAGGAGACGCUGCAGAAGACUGAGGGCUGUGAGGGGAGGCUGGAAAAACUGUGGGAAGCUGUAAGUCUCCGGUCUCAAAUGCUGGGGGACCUGAAAGACACCAUCUUGAAGAGGAUGGAUCAAGUGGCUUCGAUAAGGCGAACUGUCUCCCCCAAGAUCGAAGAGUGUGAGGAGCCCUUCACUACAAUAGAAGGGAGCUGCUACCAUGUGUACAGUGAAAAGCUGUGGCCAUGGUGGAGGUCCAGGAUCUUCUGCUGGAUGCUGGGAGGCGACCUGGCCCACCCUGACAACUUUUACGCCCUCAGGGAUUACCUACAUAAACAAAUGGGCAGUAAGUUCUGGCUUGGGGCUAGGACGGAGGCAGGCCUGGAGUUUCCGGAGUGGAGGUGGGUGGACGGAGAGAGGAUGGCGAGCUACGAUUCCAACUUCACCUCUUUGCCUAGGUCUCAUAAGGACGCCAACUGCGUGUUGCUUGACGCUGAUGAUGGAUAUCAGCUGAGGGCUGGUCACUGUGAUCACUUGAAGGGUUUCGCCGUCUGUGAGAUGAAAACACUCUCAUCAUCUUCAUAAGGUAGAAACAGCGAUCCUAUGUUAGCGCCAAGUUACUCCUCCUAGUCUCCACCUCACGCUCUGGCCUCGGGCACCACAAUGGAUGAUUCAGUUGGCCACCAGGAUCCUGAUUCUCAAAGAUUUGUUGCUUAGUUCAAACUCUUAAGUGGGAAUAAGGCAACGUAUCCAGUUAUGGUUGUCUCUAUAUAAUUUUGACGCUACCUUGAUGACCUCAAAUUGUAUCAUAGCUUCAAGUGAGCCACUUAGAUGCGUUCUCUCAUCUCCACUUAUGAGAAAAGAUAAAGCAAACGAAGCUUUCAGAAUCGGAACACUGCAUGGACGUCGGCCCUAGGAUGAUGAACGUCUUCCCACAGCUGUGACUGAGUCUGCUGGUAACACACAGGAAAGAUGUUGUUUGUCAGGAAAAAAGUUAGUCUGUGAAGACAGUAGGCAUUUUGCGAGAUAAAGAGGGCUUGUGAGGGAAGGAAGAGGUAUGCUAGGGGAAAGGGUCUGUGAGGGGAGACAGGGAGGUUUCUGGUCUUUACUGUGAGACGCAUCAUUUAGCCACAUAACUAACCUGAAGUGUAAUAAUAAAAGAAUAAAUAAUCACAAAAAAA